AUUGGCCAAUGUAAACGUACAUUUGCACUGGAUAGAAAUAAAAAAAAACUCAGCAAUAUUACAAUGGCCACAAGGUUUGAUGUGCCAUGCAAACCUCCCUUGAUGUGCAAUGUAAACUGAGCAUUAAUUUCUUCUUCCAAAAAGUCAAUUGACAUUUAAUGCCGCCAUUGGUUUUAAAUUGCGAAAACACAGCGUAUACAUUAAUUUCAAGGAGAUUCAAACAAAACGAAAUAGGCUUAUCAGCAAAUAAAAAUGUCUUGCACUAUUUGUUUUGAACGUUUCAAAGGUUCAGACGAUCUUUAUUCAACGUCAUGUGGGCACGUCUACCAUCACCAAUGCAUGCAGCAGUGGAAAAAUCGAAGUUCCAGUUGUCCUCAGUGCCGUGUUAAAAACCCUAUGACGCAUAAAAUUUUCCUGGAACUGGAUGAUUUUGAGGCAAAUAAUAAGAGACAACUAGAAGCAGAACUAAAAACUUGCCAUUUAAAAAUUGAAAAAUUAGAGCAGAAACUCAGAAAGCGUCCACCGGUUCAACGAAGCCCUAAUAGUUUAUUGAAUGAAUUGGAGGAUACCUUAGACUAUAUGCUAGCUCGCAAUGCGGACAAUGUAGAGCAACUAAAAACAAGUGGGACCAAACUAACUGAACUGCAAAAUAUAUGCAGCGCCCACGAAAGAACGGUAUCGUCCCUCACAAGUUCUCUCUUCGCAGUUACACUGGAGAAAAAUGAGGUCACCAAAAAAUAUAAUGAUUUAAGAAAUCUUUGCACUCGCUAUCAUAACAGCGGUCAAAUUGUGAUUACAGCUCAAAGUGGUUGCAUAUACGAUCUCAUACGACAAACAAGCAUUUUAAUAUCUGGAGCAGUUCUACGUCCCUCAAGUAAAUUGCUCAAUUAUGUACUCUAUCUUUGCCGCAAAAUUAAUUUAAACUUCACACGACAGGAUAUAGUCAGAGCAGGUAAAUAUGAUGGUGACGAUAUAAUUGUGCAGUUUCGUUUUCCUCAUUUGAAAACGGCAUUCGCUGAUUCUGAACAUGAACUAGACUUUUAUCCUGAGACCGAAGAGAUUGAAUUCUUUGAUGUAACGGGAAAUAUAUACUAUGAUAAUCUUUUUGAAUAUGCAUUGAAUCUAAAGUUGUUUGGUUACAAAUCAGUUUUUCGUCGUGCUGAUAAAAUAUUUACAUGUCGCACGGGCAAUGAUGACGACACACGUUUAUACUGUAAAGAACAAAUUGAUGAAUUGAUUAAUGAAGUCAAGUAGCCAUAUCAGGGUAACACUUUUAUUAUAGAAAUUUGUUCUGCUAUGUCAAAAAUGUUGAAGAAAUGCUGAUGUAGUUUCAACAUUCGUUUUCUUAACAUAGGUACAUUCGAUAUUUUGUAUGUAUUUCCUUUGUAUUUUUUUUAUAUAAUGUAUACAUAAUAUUCAAUUUUUUUUGGUUUAGUAUUCAAUUUCGUAAGAAAUUCACAGCUAAAUUGUUUGAAUUGUGUUUUUAGUUUUAUAUAAGAACAAAAAAAACAAAAUUAAUAGCAUUAUCAUUAAUAUAAACAAAAAUCUUGUUAUUUCAUAUACUAUACCCGUAUAAUUAUCGUAUAAUUAGGAUUCGUCAGGCUUUUGACAUGUUUGCAUUACUAACCAUCAUUUGGGAUUAUUUUGUUAUAUUUCUCAGUCGUUUAGAUGUUGAAAUUAACUAUUGAAUGUUAAAAACCAAAUGAUAUGUGUAUUCCAUAUAUAUUUUUUCCCUUUAUUGGCAAGCAAAUUAAAAUAAUCGAUUGCAGGAACUAAAUGGUUGGCAUAUACACAAGUAUCUAUAUGUGCAUUCAAGUUGCAAGCAUAAAAUAUUUAAAUAAAGCCGACAUACGACCUCUUUA